UUUUGUUUUCCUAAACCACUUUUUGUUUUAAUGCAUGCGGUCAAUUGUCUUCCUCGGCCACUGUAGCGUCGUGCAAAAGUGGGCGUGGACUCUGCUGGUCUUACCGAUUCUUACUUCCUCGCCGCUAACGAAUCAUGUCGAUGGGCGUCGUUUGCGUAAGGGGGCGUGGCUUGUGGGCGCUCCUUAUGGACUCAGGUUAGGCCGCUUAAGGGGUAGAGGAGGGCAGCUUGUGGGCGGGUUUCAUUUGUUUACUAUGAACUGAGAGGAGGCUGUCACCUGUUGGCUGUCGGACUCGCAUGUUUGUGGAAUUCACAUCGGUCAAAUGAACAGGAUCUGGAUUUGAACUCAAAGUGUCCGCAUCUCUGCCGCUGAACUUCACCGUGAUCCUCCAGAGGAAAGUGAGUGAGCAGUGAGGCAGGCUGCACAGCCAGAAGACACCGGUUGGUGUUCAUGGAGCGGAGGCCAGUUGUGGUUUGGACCUGCCCACUUUGGGCCGGACUCGUUCUGGCUUUCUCCAUCACAGCCGCCAAGACUGUCCCCCGGCCCCCACAGCUGAUCCGCUGUGUGUUCCACAAUCGAGCCAAUGUCACCUGCCACUGGGAGGCUGGAGACGCCUCAGCAACGCACUACACUCUGGAAGUUGAGAGGAUCCCUGCUAUAGCUAUCACAUCAAACCGCCUUCUGAAUACGUUCACGUGCACCACGCCUGACACCAGCUGCACUGCAAUCACCAACUCAUCCGUGAGGUAUGUCUUCUGCGUCACCGUCACAGCACACGGCCACAGCUGGAACGUGUCGUCACAGCCUCGCUGUCAGUCUGGCAGGGUUGAAGUGAUGUUGCCUCCAGUGACUUUGAUCAGCGUAAAGCCAGUUGAAGGGAGACCUCAGUAUCUGAAUGUGACCUGGAGCCGGAUCUUGUCUGUCUUCCCUGUGUCUGACUCUGAAAUCAAAGCCGGAAAGCUGAAAUCCCAAAUUGAGUUCACAGCCCAGGGGCAGUCUGAUGUUCAGGUGAAAGAAGUGACAGUGACACAUUACAGCUUCCUGGCCUGCCUCUUCAGACCUGACACCUCAUAUGCCAUCAGGCUCCGUCACAGCUACCAAGGCCCAAAGAGUCCCUGGAGCCCUUGGAGCAAUGCCUGCCAGGGAAGGACAGGAGAGGACGCUCCAUCUGCGGCACCAGCAUUGUGGAGGCGAGUGAAACAAACAGACGGGAAUGGUUUGAGACUCGUUUCACUCCUCUGGAAGCCCUUGCCUCACUUUCUAGCCAACGGCAGAGUUCUCUUCUUCAAUGUGACUUGUCAGACCGAAAGCGCUGAGGUCCUGAAAGAUCAUGGCACCUGCAGGGAUGUGAACAAUGCAACUACGUCCUGCAGCCUGCACCUCCCUGCUGGACGAUGCUCUUGCGCUCUGACAGCGUCCACCUCAGCAGGGACCUCGCCAGAAGCCCGAAUAUGGCUCCUUGGAGCUUCUGAGACAGAACCACCAUCCCCGAGCUCAGUCGCUGCAAUCGCACUGGAUGACAGCAGCUUGGAUGUUCGCUGGACGGCUCCAGCUGAUCGGUCAACAAGCGGCUUUGUAGUCGAGUGGUUUGCUGUCAGAGAGAAGAACAGCAGCGACCUGCACUGGGAAAAGCUGAAUAGUUCCUGUACAGCGCUGGUGAUUACUGAGGGAGUAAAGCCACUGGAGCGUUAUGUUGUCUCUGUCAAAGCUCUGUAUGGUGAACGAGGGUCAGGACAGAACAACACGGUCCAAGUUUAUACACGUGAAGGAGUGCCCUCAGAUGGUCCAGAAGUGCAGGUGCAGCAGAUCUCUGGUGGCACAGUGGAGCUCAUCUGGAGUCCUGUACCUGUGGAGCUGCUUCAUGGAUUCAUCCGCAGCUACACAGUCUCCUACUCAACAGCCAACCAACCACUCAGGAAAGUGUUUGUGCCAGGCCACGUUUGCCGUUACUCUCUGAAGAACCUGCUGCCGGGUCACUACGCCAUCUCCAUGCAGGCCAACACUGACGCCGGCGCCGGAGAAGCCGGGCCCUUCGCUAAUGUGCACAUAAGUGAAGACUCUCAGGAAAUCUCCCUACUGCUGUAUGCCCUCCUGCCUCUCUUGCUGACUUCACUGGUGCUGAUGGCCUGCCUGGCACACAGCAAGAUGGUGAGACAGAAGCUGUGUCAAGAUGUCCCUGAUCCUUCCAAUAGCAGCUUAGCCCACUGGACCCCAAAAAUCACUCUGGAGAAUAUGAAGAAUAUGAAGUGGCCUGCAAUGUCAGAGAAGACUGAAUUGAAGGUCUCUGAAGUAAUUUUGCUUGGUGAAAGUGAUGUGCAGGACUAUGCCCCAGAUAAGGGCCUCAGCCAUCAAAACGUUGGUAAUGUCCAAACAUUCUCCUCUCACCAAGCUCAAACGCCUCAAAAUACCAGAAAAUCAGAGAAGUGCACCAAAACCUCACUCAGAGGCAAGAUGACCUCCUACGCUGAUCUCUCCCCCUCCCCCUGCUGUGACAUCCUCUUCUCUCAGGUGCACAAGAGUCACUGUACACCCCUCUUCUUCUCUUCUUACCUCCGAUCCAAUCGUUCUCAGCAAAGCACUGUCAACGUUAAUGGCGUUAAGCUGCCGCUAGGGGGUGACAGUGAGCCGUUUAUGUCUCUGCAGGGCAGGAGCACUGCAAGAUCUAACUCAUCUCCUUCUCGAACAGAUGAACUGAAAACUUUGCCUCCUUUUCUGAGGCAGCAUCAAAGUCCUGUCUCCUUCUCUGAAUUUAACAGCAUCUCUCAUUCAUCCUUCUUACUUUCUCACCCAGCCGAGGCCACGUCACCCCAGAACACUUUUUCUCAAAGCGUCUCUAACUCAGCCCCAUCGCUCCACCCUGACAUUUUUAGUUGCCCCGAUGCUCUUUUUGCCACAUCGCCUUCCACUUUUCCUCACUCUCUUUUUAUGGAUUUCUCCUACUCUCCUCUAGACUCUAGAGGACAGUAUGCUUUAGAGUCUAGAGCAUAAUUCUUAGGUCCACAUCUGCUGUUUAGUUUGACACCAGGGAAGCUGGUUAGCUUAGCACAAAGACUGAACAUGAGGAGAGACAUCUGGCUUAGCCCUAACCAAAAGCAAAAAUAAAAAAAAAAAACAAACAUAUUCUUAAAACCGCUUUUGAAGUGUACUUAUGGACCUGUCUGUUUGUGGAAGUUUCAUUAUUUUUUGCCAAAGCAUGAUUCAUAGUGAAGGUUUGGUGAUAUGUGAUACUGUAUAUCUGAGCCCUGACUGUAAAUAAGGAAUAUGAAUAACACAAAAUACUGCCUGAAAUACUGUUUCCUGUACUCUGAUGUUUGAGAACGGCUGUUUUAUUCUUCUUUAUUCAGUGCACUUUAUUCACGAAUGUGCUAUUAUGCAGCUCGAACCAAUUUAAGAUGUUGUUGAAAGCAUCUUUUGUUUUGGUUUGCAGGGCUUCUUAUGUGUGUAUGAAUUUUUACUGGAUAGAAAAAAGCCAAAAUGUUUUAUAAAUUAGGACCUUAACUUUAAAGUAACUAACUUAACACUGCAAAUAAAGACUUUUUAGACUGCAUGCCAGUUAAGAGCAUUUCUGUAUUUCUAUUUUUUGCUACCUGUUUGUUCCUGUACUUAUUCUGUCCUGAGAUGCUGCAAUACUCGAGUUUCCCCUCUGGGGAUCAGUAAAGAAUUAUCUUAUCUUGUCCUCUGUCAGUUUCUCCUGGUGGCAGCUGGUCAUCUCUUCCUCUCAAUGUUUUACUUUUUUUUCUGUUACAGCAUUGUGGUUGGACAGGGACGAUUUUUGUUUGUCAUCUCAUGUUGCAUUAAAGAACUCACAUACCUCAGACUGAGACCUUUUUUACAGCUGAGGUGCUAACAUUGAGCCACGUUUGUUACAGUGUUUGUAGCUGUGAUCACUUCAGAGUUGAAGUUUUUUCCGCUUUACAUUAUUUGUAUGCUUCACUAUUGUGAAUUUAACGCCAGUGUAUAAAUCACCGUUGCAACAUUAAAACUUUGGACUCAUGA